GCCAUAAUUCCAUUCAAAUUAGAUUAGAUAAGCUAAGAUUUAAUAAAAAUAAAAAAAUGUUUGUUAGUCAAGCUUUAAUGAGAAGUGUCAUUCCCCGAGCGGCCAAUGCAACACGUUGUGUCAGUUCGAAAGAAGUUUUUGCCCGCGAAGAAAAGUACGGAGCACACAAUUAUCAUCCCCUUCCAGUGGCUUUAAAUCGUGGCGAAGGGGUAUUUGUGUGGGAUGUAGAGGGUGUUAGAUACUUUGAUUUUUUGAGUGCAUAUUCAGCUGUAAAUCAAGGCCAUGGUCAUCCAAAGAUUGUUAGUGCCCUGGUGGAACAAUCAAAACGCUUAGCAUUAACCUCAAGAGCAUUUUACUCAGACGUUCUUGGCGAAUAUGAAGAAUACAUAACAAAAUUCUUCAAGUAUGAGAAAGUAUUGCCCAUGAAUACAGGUGUUGAAGGUGGAGAAACUGCUUGUAAAUUGGCCAGAAAAUGGGGCUACGUUAAGAAGGGAAUUCCCAAAAAUCAAGCUAAGAUCGUUUUUGCUAAAAACAACUUCUGGGGUCGCACAAUGUCAGCUAUAUCAGCAUCAACAGAUCCAUCCAGUUAUGAUGGAUUUGGUCCUUUUAUGCCAGGAUUUGAAAUUAUUGAUUACAAUGAUGCCAGUGCUUUGGAGAAAGCUCUUCAAGACCCUAAUGUCUGUGCAUUUAUGGUCGAACCAAUUCAAGGUGAAGCUGGAGUUGUUGUUCCCGAUCCUGGUUAUCUAACAAAAGUUCGUGAAUUAUGCACGAAAAAUAAUGUCCUCUUUAUUGCCGAUGAAGUACAAACUGGAUUAGCAAGAACAGGAAGAAUGUUGGCGGUAGAUUAUGAAAAUGUCAGACCUGAUAUUUUAAUUCUUGGUAAAGCCCUUUCUGGAGGUAUAUACCCUGUUUCAGCUGUACUUUGCGACGAUGAAGUAAUGCUUUGUAUUAAACCUGGCGAGCAUGGAUCAACUUAUGGUGGUAAUCCUCUCGGUUGCAAAGUAGCUAUGGCAGCCCUACAAGUUUUAGUUGAUGAAAACUUGGCUAAAAAUGCUGAAAAUAUGGGAAAUAUACUUAGAAGUGAAUUGAGCAAACUACCUAAAGAUGUUGUGUCAAUAGUGAGAGGAAAGGGAUUAUUGAAUGCUAUUGUUAUUAAUCCAAAAUACGAUGCUUGGGAUGUUUGUGUUAAGCUGAAGGAAAAUGGUCUUUUAGCAAAACCAACACAUGGAGAUAUUAUUAGAUUUGCUCCACCACUCAUCAUCAAUAAAGCACAAAUUGAAGAAAGUGUAGAAAUUAUUAAAAAGACUGUCCUAUCAAUGGGUUCGAAAUAAAUAUAUAGAAUAAGGCUAAA